GUUGACUCAUAGCGUUGCCAUGGGUGAAGUUUGUUGUAAACGUGUCUGUGUUGUUAGUUUGAUGUCAAACUUUGCUUGUGCUGUUCUUGUGACAGACGUGUUGGAUUAUUGCCGGUUUAGAAUGUUACACUUUUGGUUUUAAUGAAUGUGAUUUAUAUAUAUGCAUGUGGAUAUCAAUAAUUCCAAGCGAAACAAUCUGUGAUUGAAAAAAUUAUAAAAUUAUGUUUGUUCUUGUUUGGAAAAAUAUAUUGUGAUUACCGUGAGGUAUGUCAAGUUAACAGUUGUGUUUCAAAACAUUAAGUUACUUGAGAAUUUUAUGAUAUGGAUUCUGAGGAAUUAAGUGAAUUAGGAAUGAGUCACAUAGGUUUAAAAGCUCGAUCUCCGGAAGGACAUGCUGCUCGUGCGAUGCACAUUAAAGGAGAUGAAUAUAUUUGGGUUGAAAUUCAAGAAAAAACUUUUAAAAAUUGGGUUAAUGAACAAAUAAGACCCUUAGGCAUGGUGAUAGAUAAUCUUCAGACAGAUAUGAGUGAUGGCUUGAAAUUAAUUGCUCUCAUCGAAGUUUUGCAAAAGAGAAAAUUGAAAAAAAUUAGGAAACCUUUGAAUCAACAUCAGUGUUUGGAAAAUGUUCAAACAGCACUCCAAGCAAUGGCAUCCGAUAAUAUAAAACUUGUAAAUAUUGGUAACACAGAUAUUGUAGAAGGAAAUUUGAAACUUAUCCUCGGUCUUAUAUGGUCCUUGAUUCUCAGGUAUCAGAUAGGUAGAACAAAUUUUCCACCUAAAAAACUAAUGCUAUCUUGGUUACAAGCUGCAUUGCCAACUUUGCACAUCUCAAACUUUACAUCUGAUUGGAAUAGUGGUAUUGCUCUAAGUGCUUUAGUUGAUUAUUGUAAGCCUGGAUUGUGUCCUCAGUGGAAAACUUUAAGCAUAAAAAAUAGCGUUGAAAACUGUCAAAAUGCUAUGCAUAUGGCUCGAGAUGAAUUUGGAAUUCCAAUGAUUUUAACACCAGAAGACUUAGCAAGUUAUAAUUUAGAUGAAUUAUCUGGAAUGACUUAUUUAUCGUACUUCAUGAAGGAUGAGAGUCCUGGAUACAAAGCUACUCUUAGCUGGGUUCAAAAGCAGUUACCUCAGUUUAAGAUUGAAAAUUUCACUACUGACUGGAAUGAUGGCCAUGCCCUCUGUGCACUGGUAAAAUCAUACGGAGCUAAUGUUCCAGACUAUACUGAACUGAAAAAAGAUAGAUCGUUUUGGGAGCAAAAUAUUCAACAUGGUCUUCUCGGUGGUGAGAGUUUAGGAGUUCGGCCAUUACUUAAACCUAAGGAACUGUCGGAUCCAGAAGUUGAACACCUUGGAGUAAUGGCAUAUAUUGCCCGAUUUCAGUGGGUAAAACCAUUAAAAAGACCAAAAGAUAAAAUCAGCAUUAUAGGCAUUAAUUUAAACAAUGUGCAUGUAAAUAAGCCAGCAAAUUUUAAACUUGGCAUACAUGAUGUUGUUGACGAGAAAAAAGUGCGAGCUGAGGUUAUUUUUCAAAGUAAAAAAAUUGAUUGCCAGUUGCAUUUAUCAAAAAAUGGAGGUACUGGUACUUUCUUGCCUACAGAUGUUGGAAUGCAUGAGUUAAUGGUUUACUGUGAAGAUGAAUUAAUUACUGAAUGCCCACUUCAUAUAAGAGUUCAUCCUGAUAUAUCAAAAAUUCUUUACUCUGGUAUUGAUCCUUGUGCUUUGGGUUCUGUUGUGGAAGUAUUGAUUAAUUCAAAUGGAGUAGGAAGUGGAAAUGUUUUUGUGGAAGCUCAAUCACCGACUAAUAAAUCAAAAAAGUGUGCUGUUGCUGAAAAUGAUGGAGUUUACACAGCUACUUUUACACCAGAUGAAAUUGGUGAGUGGAAAAUCAUUGUAACAUAUGCUGGUGAACAUAUUCAUGGCAGCCCUUUUACAUGUUAUGUUUAUGAUCCAAUGAAAGUUAAGGUUCAAGGACUUGGAUCUACUGUAAAAGGCAAAGACAAGACUUUCAUAAUUGAUGCUAGCUCAUCAGGCUGGGGAGAAGUUAAAAUUGAGCUUCUUCAUAAUUCUUCUUCUGUGCCACUUAUAAUUGAUGAACAAGGAAAUGGAAUUUACAAAGUUAAAUUUCACCCUUCUUCAUCAGGGAGAUAUCAUUUAAAUGUUUCAUUCAAUUCUAUUAGUGUGAAAGGCUCACCUUUUGCUUUUAGAGUUGUUGAAAAUGACAAAGACUUGAAAGGAAAUGAUAUUGAAAGUAGAAUUGAGGAUAAUAAAAUUAAAAAAGAUAGAUUUAAUUCUCCAAAAGAAGUACAACGUAACCGUAUAUCUCUAGACGGAGUUGGAUCUGUUCAGACAAAACUUUCUAACAUGCAUGGCUUUUCUAAAAGUUCUGAAAACAUUAUUAAACAUGGUAAUUUGAGCUCUUUUCCGAGUAGAGAUAAUAUUUAUCAAACUGUUAAUACUAUUGAUAAAUCUACUUUAAAUAAAUCUGUCCACAAUAAUGUAACAAAUCAUGAAAAUUUAAGCUUCCAUCAACGUGCUGAAUUAGUCAAUAGUAAAUUAAUGGCUCAUAAAGAGAGUCCUAAAAAUACUAAAGCUCCUGCACCACCAACUCCAAAAAAACCCAUUUCAUUAGAUAGCCUGUCACAUAGCAUAAAAAAUCUUGAAAGUGAGCGAUUAAUAGAUUCCUUUAAACAAUCUAAAUUAUCACAAGAAAAUUCAUUCGCUGAGCAACAUAUAUCAAGCCAUAACUCUUCUACACAUUCCAAUAUCCAGAAAGUAUACUCUGAUAACAAUGACAACCAAGGUGUGAAGCCUAAAAUGCUUCUUAAGAAAGUUAAGGAUGGUAAAGAUAUUGAUGGACCGUCAUUGGCUUCAAAUUCAAAACAUGAUUUAACUGAUUAUUCUUAUCAUUCUUUCGCUACAAAACACAAAAAAGACACAAUUGAUGUUUCUCAGAUAGUUACGGAAGGAGAAGGAUUGAAAUUAGUGCCUGUGAAACAACCAACAACAUUUUCUUUGCAAGCUCCGUGGCUAAAACAAGAUGAUAUACAAGUAACUGUUACAGCACCAUCUGGUAGAGAAAUACCUUUUAGAUUGGAGUAUGUCAGUUUUGGUAGAUACCAAGUUGAGUAUAUUACUCCUGAAGUUGGAGAACAUUCUAUUGAAAUAACAGUUGCCAGUAAAAGUCUGGUUGGAAGUCCAUUUCAAUGCUUUGCAUAUGAUGCUGCCCAAAUAAAAGUUGGGAAAAUUCCUAAUGGCACUGUUGGAAAGCCAGUUGAAUUUGAAAUUAAUGGAGCUGAAGCAGGCUCUGGAAACUUGGAAAUUUUAGUCAAUGGUGGACAUGUGACUAGCAAUGUUAAAAGUUUAGGGAAUCAUUGUUUUCUCGCAUCAUUUAUUCCUCAUACUGCAACAACUCAUACAAUUGAAAUGAAGUUUAAUGGAGUUCAUGUUCCAGGAUCACCAUGGAAAUGUGAAGUUAGUGAAACUGGAAAGAAACUUUCAGUUAGAGGAGAGGCUUUAAAAGCCUUUAGCACUAGACAGCCUGCCUCAUUUGAGAUAACAGCAGUAGGUUGCACCAAAGAAAAUAUCAGGACAAAUGUUUUAGGACCAUCUAAAAAUGUUAUUCCAUGUAAAAUCAUUGAAGUCAGUACUGGAGUUUUUCUUGUUGAAUUCAAUGCGUUUGAAGUUGGAAACUAUUAUAUUGAAGCAAUUGUGGAUGGUCAACCUUUGCCCGGAAGUCCAUUUACUUCAAAAGCUUAUUCUUCUUCUCAAAUUCAUGUUCAAGAUGUACCACAAACAUGCAUUGUUGGACAGAGCUCACAAUUUCAAGUUGAUGCUUCUCAAGCUGGAGAAGGACAAUUGGAAAUAUCAGUUAAUGAUGGAAAAGUGCCAAAUCAAGUUCAAGUCCUUGGAAAUGGCCGCUGUUUAGUCAGUUUUCGGCCUGAAUUACCUGGUCCUCACACAAUUGAUAUAAGAUUUAAUGGGGAAAAUGUUCCUGGUUGUCCUAUUGUUGUCAAAGCUGUUGAAUCAUCUUGCUUAGUGGAAGUUUCAAGCCAAGAUUUAGUUCCCAUUAAUCGAGUGGCUCAUUUUAACAUUAAUGUUAAAGGUGGUAGAGAAGCAGAUCUUACAAUUUCCAUUGCUGCUCCAAGUGGUAUGAAAUUGCCUGUUAAAUUGUUUGCAGAUCCCAAAACAGGAUUUAUUGGUGAAUUUUUACCUAAAGAAGUUGGUCCACAUCUUCUAUAUAUUGAACAUGGUGGUAGGAAAGAUAUAAGUUCACCAUACACUAUAAAAGUGUAUGAUGCUUUGCAAGUGAAAGUCAGCAAAAUUAAUGAUGGUUUACUUGGGAAAACAUACCAAUUUACAGUGGAUGCAAGUCAUGCUGGUGAAGGAAAUUUAGAAAUAACUGUGAUUGGUCAAGGACGAAAUAUCCCAACUCAAGUUCAUCCUUUGGGAAAUGCAAAAUUUGCUGUCUCAUUUAUACCAUCUGAGAUGGUGGAUCAUUUCAUAAGCAUAUCUUUCAAUAAAGAGCCUGUACCAGGAAGCCCAUUCAAAGUAAAGUUAUCAGAAUCAUCAAAUAAAAUUUCCAUAUCUGGAACAAAUCUUGUUGCUGCACCAGUGAACAAACUGUCCAGCUUUAUUGUACAUGGCCUAUCUACUGAAAAUUUAAAUUAUUCUAUUAAUAUUGAAGGUCCAGAUGGAAAUACUAUUUCACAUAAACUAAAAGAUAUAUCUGAUAAUGCCCUAAAAAUAGAGUAUACACCUCAAAAAACUGGGGAAUAUCGAAUUAAUGUUUUAGUUAAUGGAAAUCCUGUUGGUGAUACUCCAUUCAUUACUAAAGUAUAUGAUGUCAAACAGAUUAAAGUAAAAGAAAUUUCUAAAGGCACUGUUGGGAAACCAGUGACUUUUAUUGUGGAAACAUCCAAUGCUGGGCCGGGAAAUCUUGAAGUGACUGUAAAUAAAGGCCAAGUGGCCACUGUUCCUCAAGCUCAAAGUCCUACACAGUAUGCAAUUUCAUUUACACCCUUAGAACCAAAGCCACAUAUUAUUGACUUGAAGUUCAAUGGAGAAAUUGUUCCAGGAAGCCCUUUUGAAUGUUUUAUUAUUGAUUCUGCCAAAAUAAAAGUAAAAGGUGAUGGUAUUGAAAGAGUUCCUGUGAACUGCAAUGCUUCAUUCAUAGUUGAUACUGGUGGAACAGACGUUGGUGAACUACAUUGCUCUGUCAUUGGACCAAACCAAUUGCCGCUGAAAUGUUUUGUUCAUGGAAACUAUCAUGCUGGAUACAGAGUAGAAUAUACACCUGUUGAAGUUGGUGAUCAUGCUGUCGAUAUUAGAGCUGAUGGACAAGCUAUUGCUUCUAGUCCAUAUCUUGUGAAAGUAUAUGAUGCUUCUAGAGUUAAGAUUACUGAUAUUGGAUCUGGAGUUGUUGGCAAACCUGUUUACUUUAGUAUUGAUGCUAGUCAAGCAGGAGCUGGCAAUUUGGAAAUAAUUGUAUCUGUAGCUGGCAGGAAUGUUCCAAAUUAUGUUCAGUCUGAAGGAAAUGCUAGAUUCCGUGUUAAUUUCAAACCUACUGAAGCUCAAAUGCACACUUUAAGUGUUAAAUUUAAUGGUGAACCUGUACCAGGUAGCCCAUGCUAUGUUAAAGUUACUGAUAGUAGUCAAUCGGUUGUUACGGGGUCUUCUCUGAGAAUGACUUCUUUAUCUCAAGGAGCACAUUUUACUGUAGACACUCGAGGUCUUGAAAAUGGAAUAUGUAAAGUAACAGUUAUGGGUCCAACUACUAAAAAUAUACCAGUUAAUAUUAACCGAACAUCAAGUACUACAUUUGAUGUCAAUUUUAGGCCUAUAGAAGUGGGUCCUCAUCAAGUUUCAGUGACUUUAGAUGAUAUUGCUUUACCUGGAAGCCCAUUUACAUGCAAUGUUUAUGAUGUUUCCAAAGUAAAAGUUUCAAAAUUAGUUCCUGGAAUUGUUGGGAAGCCUUGUACUUUCCAAGUGGAUGCUUCUCAGGCUGGUGAUGGAACAUUAGAACUUGUUGUAACCACAAAGAAGUCAUCGGUAAGAGCUGAAGUUUCUAUGAGAAGCAGGGGCCUCUAUGAUGUAACAUUUGUUCCUCAAGACAAAAUCUCUCAUUAUGUGAACAUUACAUUUAAUGAAGAAGAUGUACCUGGAAGUCCUUUCAAAAUUGAGGUACACCAUCCAACGUCUGGCAAAGGAAUUCAUUCAAUUAUUGCAAAUGGUGAUGGUUUAAAGCAAGGUCUAGUUGGCUCAGUUAAUGUAUUUGAUAUUGAAACAAAUGGUUUAGAUGGUGACAUUGAAGUGAAAAUAACAGGUCCAAAUGGAACUACUGUACCUGCAUCUGUUAUCAAUUUAAAACAUGAUAGCUAUAGGGUGGAAUACCAACCUCAUGAAAUAGGAACUUACAAAGUUGAAGUUUUGCAUCAAGGAUCCACUAUUUCAAGUAAACCAUUUCUUGUUGAAAUUUGUGAUCCUAGUAGGGUCAAAGUGGUGGAUGUUGAAGAUGGCAUCAUAGGACGAGAACAGAUUUUUAAAGUUGAUGUCUCCCGAGCUGGUCGGGGUAAUCUAAAUCUUGUUAUUACUGCAGCAGGAAGAGAUGUAAAGUAUAAUAUUAAAGAAAUUUCAGCUGGAAUGUAUGAAGUCUCUUACAUACCCCACUCAGACCAUCCUCAUAAAAUUGAUGUUUACUAUAAUGGUCAUCAAGCUCCAGGAUGCCCUCAAAUUGUUGAUAUUAGGGAUCCAAGUCACUCUAUUAUUGCUCAUGGAUCUGGAUUGAAAUCUUCUUCUUGUGGAAAAACUGCAUCAUUUUUCAUUGAAACAGGAGGUUUUGGUGAAGCUAAAGAUUUUGACAUCAUUGUUAUUUCUCCCGUUGGCUCCCCACUACCUGUGAAAUGUUACCAGCAAAAAGAUGGAAGUCUGCUUGCUGAAUGGCCUGCACAACAAGCAGGGAAUCAUAAAAUUGAAAUUUUGUAUGCUGGAAAACCAAUCUCUGGAUCACCUUUUGCUUGUCAGGUGUUUGAUGCAACCAAAGUGACUUUACAAAAAACUAAAACUACCAAUUUUGCUGUGGGGGAAAACAUAUCAUUUACUUUAAAUCGUAGAAAUGCAGGCUACGCUGAAUUAGAUGUUACAGUAACUAGUCCGCUUGGUAGACAUUUACCCAUUGAAGUAAAAGGAACUUCUGAUGGUGAAGGAGAAUUAAUUGAAUUUACACCAACUGUGCCAGGAAAAUACAAAAUAGCUAUAACUUAUGGUGGCAUUGAAGUACCAGGAAGCCCAGUAACUUUCAUUGCUCAAGAUAGUGGAGUUCCAAAAGUUGAAGGUGCAGGUCUUUCAGUCUCUCAAAUAGGAUGCCCAGCUUCUUUCAAAGUUAUUGCUAAAGGACUGUGGGGUCAACCACAAGUUACAGUUGAUGGACCUGAGACUGAGGCUGAUGUUACUAUAGAAGAAGAGGAAGAAGGGGUAUUUUGCAUUAAAUAUAUGCCUUUGGAAAUAGGUUUAUUUGAUGUUAAAAUUCUUUGGAACAACAAGGAAAUACCUGGAAGUCCUUAUCAUCCCAGAGUGGUAAAUGUGAAUAAAAUGAGAGUAAUAGGAGGAUUGGAAAAUCUAGUUGAUGAACAAAAUCAUAUUCCCCUCAUAGUUGGAGAAGAAAAACGCAUUCCUUUUGAUGUGUCUGAUGCAGGCCCAGGCAAACCAAGAGCAGAAGUCCGAUCUGCAUCUGGUAUUAUACCAUCUAGAUUUGAUCAAACUGGUAGUCAUCGGUAUCAUCUUUAUUUUAAUCCAAAAGAAGGAGGCGAACAUGAAAUUUUCAUUUAUUUUGCUGACAUACCUUUGCCAUCAUCACCUUUAUUAGCAUAUGCUGAAGAACUAGGACCUACCCCUGAUCACACUAGAGUUGUUAUAAGAGGUCAUGGGUUAACAGGAGCAAAGGUUGGAGAAGAAGCAGAAUUUAUCAUUGAUGGUUCUGAAGCUGGUCCUGGAAAUUCUGAAAUUUGUUUAUUUUGGUAUAAUGCCAAAAAAGCAGUGCUUCUUAAAACUUUUUUAAAUCUUAUUUUGAAUUUUACUUCAAUUGUAGGUGCAUAUUUAUUGAAUGUGAUGUGGUCAGAACGACAAGUUAAAGGAUGUCCUCUGAAAGUUAACAUAACUGCUUCUUGUGAUGCACAAAAAGUAGCAUGUUCUGGUGAUGGUUUAAGAGGAGGUACUGUGGGUAAAGAAAUAAAGUCUUUUAUUGAUACGAGAAAGGCUGGACCAGGUGAACUUACAGCACAUUGUAUGGGUCCUCAUAAGGUAGCAUAUUGUGAAUUGUAUGAUCAUCGAGAUGGAACAUUUACAUUAUAUUUGAAACCUCAAGAAGGUGGUCGCCAUGUUUUAACAAUUAAAUAUGGUGGAGAUCAUGUUCCUGGUAGUCCAUUCACAAUAAGAAUUGCUGGUGCUCCUGAUGCAUCUAAAGUAAGGGUAUAUGGCCCAGGAAUUGAACCUGGUGUGCUUGCAACUUAUCAGAGUAGAUUCAUUUGUGAUACCAGAGGAGCUGGAGCUGGUCAACUGACUGUUCGAAUUAGAGGUCCUAAAGGAGCAUUUAGAGUUGAAAUGCAGAGAGAAAGCCAGAAAGAUAGAACUAUAUUAUGCAAAUAUGAUCCCACUGAACCUGGAGAUUAUAGAUUAGAAGUUAAGUGGUCUGGAGAACAUGUACCCGGCUCACCAUUUAUGGUCAUGAUAUUUGAUACUCAAGAAGAACUCAAUCAUUUUAUUCAAGGACAAUAUCAAUCUCAAUCAGGAGGACCCCCACCGUUACCUCCAGCUGAUUAUUUCGGUGGUAGUUUAACAUACAGUACAGGAUUUGGCCAGAUGUCAUGGAGAGGAUCUACUGCAGAGUUGUAAAAAUAUUUUCCAAUUUGUGCCACCAUUUUAAAACUGUUUUUUUUUUAUCCAUAUCAUAUUGAAAAUUGCCAAUAUAUGUUGAACAAUAUUAUAUUGCCAUUAUUAUUAUAUUGACAAUAUUCAAUGGAAUUUAUUUGUGACAAUUCAACACAUAGUAUUGAAUUUGUUCAAACGUCAUGGAAGGAUCUACAGUAGAGUUGUAAAAGUAUUUCAGAAUUUUCACCAUCAUUUUAAAACACAUUUUAUUGUUACAUUUGAUAAAUAAAUUAUAUUUAUCUAUGCAAUUCAUUUUUUGAUUUAGGAGUCAUUUGAAAGUUUAUAUUAUAUUUUUAUAAAUGAAUAUGAAGUUUUUGGUUUAAUAUUAGUAGUUAUUUUCUCAGACAGUAAGGUUUAGGUGAUGACCUUGAUUCUUCUAUGUAUUUUUUUAAAUAUAUAUUUUAGUAUUAAUGAUUGAUAAAUGCACUUUGCAUUUUUAUUCUCUACUGUGCCUUUUCAAAUGUAGGGAGUUAUUUCAUUUCUGGUAAUGAAAUGGGAACAAAUACUAAAUAAAGUAAUUAUUUUAUGUUUAAUUUUAUGUCCGUUGUGCAGCAUUCCAUGUUAUUUAACCCUUAAGUUUUAUAGCAUCACUCUAGACACAUGGAAACAAUUAUUUCUGAAACAGAAACUGUUAAGGAUUGAUAAUAAGACAAUCAUGUUCUAUUAAAUGAUGCAUUAUAAGCAAAUGCAAAAAUUAAAAUGCAUUUAUUUUCAUGGAUAAGCCAAUUUUUUAAACAAAAAUUUUAUGUAUUUUUUCUGUGUAUGUAUUGUUUCAUUUUAAUUUAACAGAAUUGAUAAAAUGAUGCUAAAUGAAAUAGAUUUAUUCUAUUAAAUUUUGUUACAUUGUUUUCAUUAAUUCAUUUGUAUAGUUAAAAAAUUGUGCUAUUUUUGGUGCAAUGUAAUUUAAAAAUUGCGCAUAUACAUUCCACUAAUUAUGCAAAUGGGUAAUUGUUUUAAAACAUUAUUUUGAAUGUUUGAAUGGUAUUGUUUUUUUUAGAUUGUUAAAGAUCUGUUCUGUUAAUUAUUUGUAAUCCUUAUAUAUAUGAGAUAUUUCUAGCUAAUUGUUGAAAAUAUAAUUGUUUAUUUUUGUUUAUAUUUGAUUUGUGUCUCUUGUUUUAUUAAGAUUGUUUCUACUGCAUUAUUAGCAUUGUUUAAUAAUAAUUAUGUAAUGUUUAUUUUGAAAGAAAUCAUCUCAGGCAUAUGCAUUACUGAAAGAUUAAUUUUUCAAAAAUUUAUUUACAUGAGUUUUUAUACAUUACAAAGGCAAUAUAAAUGAUAAACUAAGAACUAAAUUUUAUUAAGUAAUGCCUACAUUUUUUUUAGAAUAGUAAGAAAGUUAGUUGCUGUACCAAAUAUUUCGAAAUUCCUUAAUGUUUAUGUAUCUUGUUAGACAUAACAAAUUAAUGCUAAUAAGAUUUCUAAUAAUUACGUCAUUUAUUUCACAGAAAACUUAAUAUCUUGCAAUUAAAUAUAUAAAAAAAGUUAGUAGGCACAAGGAAAUGUCUAUUUGACUGGUAUAAACAUUAAGGGGGAAGAAAUCUCAGUGGUAUUAUGUUGGUGAUGAAGGAUCUGAAAAUAAUUCAUAAUGAAAUGUGACAGAAAUCACUAGGAAAUCAUUGUUUGCAUCUUGGUAAUGUGUGUUAAGUUAAGAGGAGAUAUUCAAAAGUGAAUUUUAACUACUUUGCUAUUUUUACACAAUUUAACACUUACAUUUUUAUAAAAUAUUUCACACUUGUUAAUUUGCAAAUGAGUAUAUUGCUGUUAUUUUAUGUGUAAAAAUUUUAUAAUUUCAAAUAUAAAAAAUAGGCUGAUUGUUAUUCCAUAUAGAGCUUUACGUAAUGAAAAUUACAACUUAAAAAAAUUUAAAUAAAAUACCUUUUUUUUGUUUCUGAUAGUUCAAACUAUCUAUGAAUUAUUUAAACAAAAUAAUAAGAAUUUUGCUAUUGUCUCAAACUAUUUGUGAUAAGAAGUAAAGUAAAACUUACAGUGGAAUAUGAAAUAAAUUAUAUUUUAAUUGGUUCUGUAUAUUUAAGCAGUAUAAUGCAAUGUUUAUUCUAUUAUUUUGGAAAUAAAAUUUUAUAUAAAUGUUGCUUAGUUAGAUCAGAAAAGUUUGUACUUGGAUAACUUGCUCAAUUAUUAGUUGUAUCCUAUAUUUACAUAAAUUUUAUUUUAAAAUAAUUCUAUUAAUAUGAUUAAAUUGAUAUAAUGAAAUAAAUUCCUUGUACAGACUGUUUAUAAGGUUUAUUUCAACUAGAAUGACUAUAUUUAACCUUUGGAUAUAGGAAAAUGCUGUUUGCCAUGGAAAAUGUUAUAAAAGAAAUUCAAUCUUUGUUACAUUUUAUUCAUGAAUUUGAGCAAUUUUUUUAAGAAAAAUGUUUUAUAGCUAAAAUAACCCUUUCAAGCAUUUGUUAGACUUAAUACUAAAGAAAAAAAUAAAGAUAAAACUAAUGUUAUUAGAAAUUAUGAAUCUGGUUUGUUUGUCUUUGAAUUUUUCAAGUCUAAUUUUUUGAAAUAAAUUUUCAAAGAAACUCUAAUCCUAUUGCACUUACAGAAUUUAACGUAUUGUUUUAUACCAUCUUUGAAGAUUAGUCACCCUAGUUAUAGCUCAAAACCACAGCCUUUCAUUAUAAAAUAAUUUCCAUUUCUUAGGGCAUUCCAAUUAUGCAUGUAAGAAAAUAUUGUUUUUAAAGAGAGAAUAUAUGUUAAAAACUUUAAAAAAUUUUAUUAUACUGCAUUUCUUUUGAAUGCCUAAUUUACUAUGAACAAUAUGUAUAUUUUAAGUUUUUCUUGUUGAUAUUUUUUAAUUUAUUUUUAAAAUACUUUUAUCUACUUGUACUAUUUUGUACUUAACAAGAUUACUAUCAUAUUGUAAUUAAUAAAAUUUGUUUUGUUAA